AUGGAUUCUAAUGUGUGUGAUAUAAUUAGUGAGAUUGAUAAAUAUUUUGAUGAUGAUCCGAACUCGGAAGAAUAUAGUUCUAGGAAUACAUUGAAUAUGUAUUGCCCUAAUAAUAACUGUAGUAGUGAUGAAGAAAAGAUUAUCUCUGGUUUUAUAAUGUUAAUACAUACGCUUGGAAAUUUAGAAAGUGAUAAAAUUGUUCAAUACGCUAGUUUAUGGUUGAGUCAUAAACUAAAUCAAAAAACACAAAAUGGAACCACCAAAUUACACGAUUUUUAUACUGAAAAUAUAAUAACAAACAGUUGUUAUAUUAAGCAUAUAGAUAAUGAUAGUGAUAGUGAUGAUGAUAUUAAUAAGGGUGUUAUAGAAAAAAAAAUAAAAUCGAUGAAUAUGGAUAUUAAAGAUAUAUCUAAUUUUUAUGAUGCAUUUAAAUCAAUAUGUAACAUGUAUAGUGAACUUGAUCCAAACAACCAAUGCAAAAAAUGUUUAGAAAAUGCUGGAGAAUUGUUUGAAAAAUAUGAAAAACUUAAAAAUGCUUUAGAUAUUAAUAAAGGAAGUUCUUAUUAUGAGCUAUUGUCAAGUUUAUCAAGUGAUUAUAAAAAUUUUGAACAAACAUAUAUUAUUAUUUGGUGUGAUAAUGCUGCAUCACUUGUAGCUUGUCCACGAAGUUCAGUAACAAAAAAUAUAAUAAUUACAAUUGCAAUUAUAUUUGUUGCAGCAUCAAUUUUAUUGGGAGUUUCUUAUAAGUAUUCGUUAUUUGGAUUUCGAAAACGAUCUCAAAAACAACAUUUAAGAGAAAUGCUAAAAAAAUAA